AUGGGUGUCAUAAACCAACGAGAUUACUGUUAUGAUGGUUUCGGAAAUUAUACCAACUGUUACUCGUCGUGGAAUAAUUGGGGUCGAUGGGUGGCUUUUGCGGUCAUUGUAGGAGCUGCUCUCGUGUUCUUCUUUCUAUUUGCUUGCCUAAAUGCUCGCCGUCGCCGUGCGCGCGGUUUAGCCCCUAUGUACGGCACACAUUGGAUGGCACCACCACCAUAUAGACAAGGCGAUUAUCAACCCGCACCCCCUCCUCAAUAUCAACGACAAGAUCCGAACCAGGGAUACUAUGCUCCGCCACAAGGCCCUCCCAAUGCAUACGGCGGUCAACAAGAGAAUGGAAUCGAGUUGCAGCAGCCCCCGACCGCGUACCAUGGCGGAGAACAAGUAUAUGCGCCGCCUCCGGGGCCACCACCAGCUAAGAAAUAA